CGCAAACAGCCAGGCUGGGUUUCCCCGCGGCUGCCACGGCAUCGACGCCAUCUAUCUGCCAAGGCUGGUGGCAGGAACCAGCAUUGACAAUUACCACCACCUCUGCCCAUCUGCAUCUGACACCGCCCAUUAUUCACCCUCCCACCACCUGCAACCACUAUCUCCUCCCCCUCGUCGUCCGAAAAGCGUGUUUGCGCCCAUGCCCACCCGCUUCGCCGGACUUCGCAGGACCGAUUUUGCGCUCGACAGCAUCACCGUGGCACGUGGACCCUCGAAACCACAUAUCCUACCAUGACCUUGUGACACCAGCUAUCGCUCUGCUUCAUGCAUGCCCUCCCGUCUCCGGUCCACGUCCUACGAUAAGCCUCUCACUCUUUCGUAAUACGCUGUUACUGCCCGUGCGGGCCCCAUCGGCUCUACAGACAUACCCCUACGGUACUCCGAUUCUGAUUCAUUCGACGAGCCUGUCUGGUAGACAUAGACGACACCAUGGGCAAUAGUCAGGGCAGAGAGUCACGACCCGGGUCCUCGCGCGGGCCAUCGCAAUCCUCGGGAUCGCGCCAUCCCUCGGUACCCACAACUUCCGCCGCUGGUGGAGCUGGUGGCUCAUCUCGUCAUGAUGUCCCUCAUGCCAUGUAUACAUCCCGUAGUGGCCGAGGGAGCCGCCACGACCUCUCCUUUCUUGGCCUUGGUAGCAGCAGCGACCGCGAUCCAGCGUUAGAACCGCGGCGGGAGACCCGCGCAGAGCGGGAGGCUCGCAAGCUUGAGAAAGAGCGAGCUCUCAGAGCCCAGGAGCGGGAAAGAAGCAUAAAGGAGGAAUCCGUCGAUGGCGGCUACUUGGUGACGCUCGGCACGUAUACCGGGCCGGAAGAUUUCAACAAAGCUGUUGUUAGACAGUUGCAGAUCGAGAGGCGUCUGGCACCGUUCUGGAAAGGCCUCAACGACUUCUCAGAGACAUGGACCGAACAUCAGUUGGUGGCGGUAGUGAAUGGGAAGCCUCUCCCUGCGCCGGAUGAGAUUCCAGACGAAGAAGAGCUCCGCCAGCUGUCCAGUAGCUUGAGCGCCGACUGGAGCCCUCGAGGAUCGAAUGCCAACAUAAACAGUCUCACAGUACCCAUAACUUCCCGCUCCAUGUCCCAGAACUCUGACCGUUCUUCGCCUUCACAUCCCGCCUUUUCUCUUCCAUCCCCUAACUCUCCAAUGUCCGCGCCUUCGCCGUCGUCGCCUUUCUUUCGGGGACGCGCAAAGACGCUUGCCGCUCUCACCACCGGCUCUCGAAACAGCUCUCAGACAGAAAUGACGCCGCAAGAGAGACAACUACCCAAAGACCUCUAUGUCAAUGGUCAGCGAAUCGAAGUCUUCCUCUACAAAGACGCCGCCGAAUGUCCCAUCUGCUUCUUAUACUAUCCUCCUUACCUAAACAGGACCCGUUGUUGCGAUCAGCCAAUAUGUUCGGAAUGCUUCGUUCAGAUAAAGCGGCCAGACCCGCAUCCGCCUGAGCAUCAUGAGCCGAACAGUUCGGCUCCUGCAGGUGAAACACAGGACGAGAUCCAGCUAGUAUCGGAACCUGCAGCUUGCCCUUUUUGCGUCCAACCUGACUUCGGUGUAACAUAUGAACCGCCACCUUUCAGACGAGGCAUUGUUUAUGCUGGCUCCACGCAUAACCACUUGGCCAACGCUGCUUCGGCAAUGUCAUCCUCUUCUUCUUUGAACUUCCCAGCGGCGUCCCCCGGAAGGAGAAGAGCCACCUCCGUUGCUGCAAAUGACAGCUCCGUGGUCACAACUGAUAUGGUACGCCCUGACUGGGCGAAGAAGCUGGCCGAUGCAAAGGCACAUGCCCUAAGACGAGCCGCGGCAGCCACUGCCCUACACAAUGCCGCGUAUAUGAUAGGCAACCUGGAGGCUUCUGGUAGCCGCGGCUUUGGGAUUGGAAGGCGGCGACGGGCUAUUUUCAGCAGUGACAGCGCAACAAGUAGCGGCCAAGGCACGCCUCGGCGCGAAGGUGAAGGAAACACGCUCGAUGCAGGAACGUCUCAGAGGGGCGAAAGCCACGCGGAUCUAUUCCCUGGGCGGCACAGCUCUCGACGCGGUAACAGAUUGGAAGAUCUCGAAGAACUCAUGAUGAUGGAGGCGAUACGGCUGAGCCUGGCCGCAGAAGAGGAGCGCAAGAGGAAGGAAGAGAAGGAAGCUGCCAAGGAGGCGAAGAGGGAAGAGAAGAAGAAGGCCAAGGAGGCGAAGAAAGCUGAAAAGGCGUCAAGAAAAAGUGGAUUGUUCUCCGCAUCGAAUUCUUCGUCAAAUCUGCAUGCGCAGGAAGAGCCAUCCGGUAGUUCUUCAGGCAAAGGUAAAGGAGUCGAUCGUUCAGGAGGUACAGCAGGUUUUAACCCUUUGACGGAACCUACCUCGACUUUGAACGCCAGCUCUUCCAAGGAUGAUUCACAGCGUCAUCUCGAACAAAGUCGGGUGCAGAUACUAGCAGAGACGUCGGGGACUGCCGAACAACAGGAGUCACGAGUUGGUGUGCGGCCUGUUUCUGGCGCAUCAAGCUCAGCAUCCUCGCUUGCCGAUUCUCCUAGAGUAUCCUCUCGGCAGAGCAGUCAGCGCGACGUUAUCUCACCGUUUGAUUUGAGUCCUGCUUUGUCCAGUAUAACUCCACAUGAGACUCCCUCGCGCAGUACCAGUACCCUUGCAGCGGAACCUAUGUUGAAUUUCGAAAGCUUCGAGCAGGUGAUGGCUGGAGAGCGAAAGGAAAGCGGGGACGGUACGGACGUAGCUGGCUCCAGUGAAGCGGACAAGAGUAGUUCCCCUGCAGCCGUCACCUCACCAGCAGAAAGCUCAAACAAGAGCACCCCCGAUAUCUCAAUCCAGCCCCGCGGCAGUGCGACCGCUGAUGAUGCUUCAGAGGCCACUCCAACUGAAUCCGAGGAUCCCCUGCAGGAAAGCGCGGCAACGCUCAAGCCAAGCAAAGAUGCCGACGAUGAUAUUGGGGUUGAGGUGAUCCCUCGCGCCGGCGAUGCGGAAGGCGACCUCCCGAGCAGCUGGGCGUCUAAGCAUGUGGGAGAGAUGUCUUCAACGGAGCCGACGUCAAAUGAGCAACCUACCCAGUAAAUUGGGCGCACCCACAAGGCACAGUUUUCUCUCCACUUUUUUCAGAUUCGUCAUUUCCCCCCCUCCUUGAUAACACAACUGCUGAAGGAGCCCUGAGCAGGCAGAGCUUUGAGGAGGCAAUGCUUCCAGCAGAGCAGCCAUUACGUUUCUUUUCUUUGGUCCCGUCAUUCUCAUCACAUCGACUUUGCAAGGAUGGACUAUGUAAUGGCGGGAACCCGUGGGCAAUGUGCAAGUGAUGUAUCACACGUGAGAGGAUGUUUCAGGUUGUCAAUCGAAAUAUUGGGCGCGGAGGGAUAGGCGUCCUGGGGAAUGGUGACAGUGGACACAUGCGACUGGUGUAAGGGAGGGAUGAUGUGAGCAUUGUUAUUUAUACCAUGACUAGCGGGUCUUUCCGCCUCUAUUAACUAUUCUUCAAAGACGAU